GACGAAAAAGAGAAGGAGGAUGAGAAAGCGAAGGACAGUAGUGACGACGAGAAGGAAGACGAGAAGAAAAAGGAGGAGGACAAGAAGGCGUCCUCGGACAGCGAUGCCGAAGAUGCCAAGAAGCCGGACAAGGACAGCUCCGACAGCGACAAAGAAAAGGAGGACAAGAAGAGUGAGAAGUCCAAGUCCUCCACCCCGCCGCGGAAGAAGGCAGACCGGGGGCGAUCCAAAAGCAAGAAGCGCAAGCGCAAGUCGUCGUCGGAUAGCUCUGACAGCGACAAGCAGAAGGCGGCUCAGAAGAAAAAGGAUAGCAGUGACGAUGAGAAGGAGGAGCAGAAGAAGGCGUCCUCCGACAGUGAUGCCGAGAAGGAGAAGAAGAAG